GUACCAUCACAUCAGCCUCGUGAGUGCUGUAUUAGACUGCUAGUGACUGUAUUCGCGGCUCCUAGUCACGACGAAGUUAUACGCAUCUGUGGCUGAUUAAAGAAACUCUGCCUAACUUUAACACACGCCACAAACCGCUCUUGUUAUCAGUAUCAUGAGGAUAUUUCACGUUGCCCUCCUGUCUCUAGUUCGCUGUCGUUGACCCUGGUUAUCAAUGUACAUUUUCCCCUUACCUACCUACGUAUGCAGUUCUUACAUCCUGCACCAACUAUUCUACAUAUUCUCUCGGCUACUAGCAUUUCCCCCGAUACACCUUCCUAUCUCUCAACUACGUUUUCAAGCUACUGCGCUGCCCAAAAGGAUUAUUUCUCUAUAUCUCUUCUAGAUGCCAGAAUACCUAAUCAUGUAUGUUUCUCGCUAUAAACUGCUACAUCGAAUACUGAUAGACCUAGCCACCCAACCCCAAGCUUCAUAAAAGGUCAUAUAUAUCCAUCCAAUACGAAUCAAAGGAUACCAGAGCUUUAGUCUUUGGAAUUAAAUCUCAGAGAGCUCAAGACAUAACAAUGGCAGAGAGAUCUCACGACUUAGAUGUCUUCCCCUCUGGCCUGCGCGGGAAGCGCAUUCUGCUGUGCACGGAGAGCCUUGGUCCAGUCAACGGUGUAUCGCGCACAACCAAGAUGUUAGUAGACCAGUUGCGAUCUAACGGGGCUCUCGUGUCGGUGGUUGCGCCAUACAACCAUACCAAGGUAAACACCUUCAAUCCGAUCAGUUCUCCCGUCGGCAGCCCAUUUUAUUACGAGGAAGUGCGCUUGACAGGGUAUCCGUUGCCCUUCAACCCCGAGCUCUCGGUGGCGUACCCCGUACGGCUUUCCGAGUUGUACAGGCGCACGUUUGGAGGGCCACCAGAUCUCAUCUACUUAGCCAGUCCCGCAUCUUUGGGCUUUCAAGUGAUGCUACAGUUGCGGCAAUAUACGAAGGAGUUGCAAGUGCCUAUCAUAUGCAACUUCCAGACCGAUCUGGCUGGGUAUUGCUCUCUCUUGUUCCCCUGGCCGCUGGGCGAGAUCGCAAACCAAGUCUUCGGCUUCGUACAGGGCUAUCUCUUCCGUCAUACCUCGGUCAAGACCAUCUUCUACCCGAGCACAUUCGUCAAGACGUAUCUGACGUCCGUCAACGUACCAUCGGAUAAGAUGGAAGUGCUGAGGCGAGGAGUCGAGACCCAGGGUUUCAGCCCGGCUAAGAGAAGCGAGCAGCUAAGGAAAGAAUGGGCGCCGAACGGAGAGCCCAUCUUAUUCACCUGCUCGCGAUUGGCGGGCGAAAAGGGGUUCGCGUUCCUCGCAGAGGUGGCGAAGGAGUUGGAUAACAGGGGGAUGGAAUUCAAACUCGUCGUCGUCGGCGGGAAUCGUAACCCGGUCGUCGAGCAAGAAGUCAAAGACAUGUUCGCGCCGCUCCAGAAGAAGAAUAAAGUGGUUUUUCCCGGGUUCAAGGUUGGCGAGGAGCUGAUGACGCAUUAUGCUUCGGCCGAUAUCUUCCUUCACUGCUCUAUCACCGAGACAUUCGGGCUCGUGGUGCUAGAGGCCAUGGCGAGUGGCGUUCCGGUGAUCGCGCGAGACGAGGGCGGACCAAGCGAUAUCGUCGAACAUGGGAAAACCGGAUAUCUCGUCCGACCUGACGACCUAGACGACUUCGUGCAGAAGGUGCUGAAGCUUGGUCAUGACACGGUGACCCGAGAACAGUUUGCAUUGGCGGCUCGCACUUUUGCUUGCGAGGCCACUUGGGAAAGGGUAAGCAACAAGGCGGCCUGGCAGAUGCUAGAUACGAUCGAGCAGUUCGAACGGAACCAGAAGAGCGAGUCCUCGACGACGACGUAUCCUAUCAUCGGAUGGCUACUUCUAAGCGGCCCCGUACGACAGUUCCUCCUCCCGCAGAUUAUCAGGGCGAAGCUGGCUUGGGCGUUAUCUAUCAUUUUCUCGUUCUGGGCGGUUGUUGGUAGUUAUCUUGUCUUUGCGGAUGCCGGACACUUGGUGAAGACUUACUUGCCGCGGGCCUCAUCUUGGCUGAAGUUCAUAACUCGGGGAUAGAGUGCCGGGUAUCACGACCAGCAGAUUCCCGCUUAUUGGCGUCUCUCCUUAUCUAUCUCGUUAUACCCAUCGCACGAAGUGCGUCUCAAGGCGCAUAUUGCAUCAUUAUUAGUUACGCAUGAGGUGUACCGGCUUUUACAUGUGACACAACACAUUACCAAGCUAUACAUCGUCGGAAUAUCAAGUCAUGCUGGG